AUGACGUCCCAGAGCAAUUCGACACUUUUCCCGGCGACGUCUUCAAUGAUGAUGACGUCGAGUACGGUAGUUGUGGAUCUGGAAGAGGUAUUUUACAAAAAAAUGGGGGAAAAGAGUACAAAAACUUUAAAUAAAACAUCAAAGACGGAUCCACCGACUGCACCCUACGUCUACAUUCUCAUCGAGCUCGUCUAUUUGCUACUGUUCACCGUCGUUGCGUACCUCAUGAAGAGGUACAAUUUUAUGAAGGUACCACGAUUCUGGUCGCUCAUCGCAUCCCUACCGUAAUCCGUUUAGACUGACGAUGACGCCGUCACGAAGCACCAUCGUCGUCACUUUGAAAUGAUGCAGCAGCAGCAGGAGGAGCUCAUCGAGGGCCAAAAAUCGCGCGAGAAUUUCUGGUGGCCAGUCGCAAUUGAUAUAAACAUUUGCUGCUCUUUUUUAUACAACGUCGAGGGGAUAUGCGCUUCUAAAACCGGCAAUUUUGUGGAUGAAGAAGGUAUGGACAAAAAAACAUGGUUAGAAAAUGGAUAA